AUGAGUUCUCAUUUGAAAUCAGAAACCCAGAUCAAAAUACUGUCACCCCAAAACAAUUUUAUCUCAAGUUCAUAGAAUUUCAAAUAGGAUUCUCAAAGAAAUACUGAAUUCGAUAAUGUCCAAAUUGCUCAUAGUAUGAGUAAUUCUGUAAAUAAUCUCACUCCUAUGAAAUUGCAAUAACAACCCAGGAAGAUAUCUGGCAAUCAACUUUCUGUUUCCAGAACAGAAAAUAUGAUAAUCUAAUGUCAAAUAUGCGAAAAUUUAGAUGAUAUGAAUUUAAUAUAGCCUUGUCAAUGCGAAAACUUCUACCAUUCAAGCUGUUUUAAAAAGAAACUGCUAGCAACAACUGGACCAUUUACAAAUGAUGUUACUACAUGUUCUAAUUGUGGAAUUGCGUAUAAGAUUAGGAAAAUAGAGGCUUAUCAAUAAAAGAAUUUUAGUAAAAUAACAGAACUCGUCUCCUUCUUAAUCAGACUCAUCAUCACUCUGGGUGGCUUGAGUGGUCUCUCCUAUUGGUUUUAUAAGGAAGUUUAGCACCCCGAAGAGAUGUCUUCGUUAGUUGCAAUUAUAGUGUUGCUGAUACUAUUGUUGGUUCUUUAUUUGGUUUACAUGAUAUUGGAAUUGGUUAGAGGCAAUGUCGGAGUUGAUUGGGAGAUUCUUGAUUAGAGACAGGAUAUUGAUCACAUCAUCAAUCCAGAUGAGUUGAAUUUGAUAGAGAAUAGAGGGAGAGAUCUUAGCAAUAGUCAAAGGCCAUAGGUCAUAUAACAUAUUGCAAAUGUUUAAUAUCCUCAAAUUUCAACAUCGGAAAUAAUCUAAUGA